AGGUUUUGGUUCAUGGACAUUUGCAUCUAUCCGCUCCACUUCUCACUGUUCCAGGGGAAAUAAAGUGGAGAGAGACAUCGGAUAACAGAAGAAAGCGAGAGAAAAAGAAGGAAGAAGGCGGCAAAGAAGAAGCAGGAGGGCAGGGAAAUGGAGAAGUACUUUGGGAACCCGUAUAGGGGGGACCCGGGCGUGCCGCACAAUGACCCCGGACGGUUCGUGAGCAUCUGGAUAGGAUCCGUCGCCUUCUCCGUUAUCACCUGGUUCCGCCCCUACCUUUGGCAACUCUCCAACUCCUACAAUUGGCAUGACCGAGCUAUGCUAUAUGAACAAUAUCAUUGGAAGAAAGCUAUGAAAAAGGGGCAACCAUACAGCUUCCAAUGGAAUAAGAGAUCCAAGGCGUUUCGUGAUUCAUACUACCGCAACUGGCCUGUCUAUUUCCCUUAGCUCAUGGUUGCUCAAAGGCAUAGUUUCUCUUGAUGGCAGAAACAGAUAUUGUUCGACAAUCCUGAAUUCCAGUGGACAUUUACAUGAUAUUAUGUUCUCUUUAUCUCUGAAUUUUUCCUUGCUUCUUGGACCUAAUCUUUUGGAUGCUGAUGCUUUGGUACCUUUCUCCUUUUGAUGAUAAUGUAUCACAGAAACUACUCUACACUGUUUGAUAUUUGUGUUGAAUAGAAGAAAUGUCUAGCUUGCCAACAAA